AUGUCUGCCACCCCAGUAUCUCCUGCCAAACGAAAGCAGAUCUUACGGGUCAUCUUUAUCUCCUUGUUGCUCGACCUGAUAUCCUUCACAUUCAUCCUUCCCCUCUUUCCAAAGCUCCUCGAAUUUUACCGCAACCUCGAAACACAAGAUGACUCCUCUUCCAUUCUCAAUCGCAUCUUUUUCGGUUUGAAUGCCUAUAAGCAAUCCUUCUCGCGCCCCAUCAGCGAUCGAUAUGACAUAGUCCUCCUCGGAGGCGCUCUCGGCUCUCUGUUCUCCCUUCUUCAGGCAAUUGCUUCUCCUAUCAUCGGAACCCUCUCCGACAAAUAUGGGCGACGAACUGCACUUCUCUGGUCAAUGGCUGGAAACAUUGCCUCGGUGGCCUUAUGGGUAGCCGCGACGGACUUCCGAACAUUUUUGGCAAGCAGAGUAGUAGGAGGCUUGAGCGAAGGGAAUGUCCAACUAGCAACCGCAAUGGCAGCGGAUGUUAGCAAUGACAAGCAAAGAGGUGCCACAAUGGCUCUGGUUGGAGUAUGUUUCUCCAUUGCCUUUACAUUCGGACCGGCGCUGGGAGCGGCUCUCGCAAACAUCGAAACAGUAGUCGCAAAUCCGUUCGCUACAGCUGCUGGGUUUUCGCUCUUCUUGAUUGUCGUGGAGACAAUGUAUCUCUACUUCUAUCUACCGGAGACUCUACCUUCAUCACGUGUAACGCCGGUAACCAGUGGCUCGAUACUGAAGACCGGGUCAGAGCAGCAAAAGCAUAUUCGUACGAAUUCCCAUACCCUUUUGAAUUUUACCCAUUUCAUUUUCAUCCUCUUCUUUAGCGGCAUGGAGUUCUCUCUCCCGUUUAUGACCUAUGACUUAUUUGCCUACACGCCCUCCCAAUCUGGCAGGCUCCUCGGAUUCAUGGGUUUGGUCGCUUCGAUACUGCAAGGAUCCGUCACCAGGAAACUGCACCCGCUUCGAGUCGUCCAGCUCGGUGUAGUGGCAUGCGCAGCGAGCUUCUUUAUGCUAGGCAGGCUGACGACCGAAGCGGGACUGUGGGGAGCUGCCACGUUAUUGGCAGUAACGACUGCUACCGUUGUGACCGGAUUGAAUAGCAUGAGUAGCUUCGAGGCUGCCGAAGGAGAAAGGGGUGGGAAACUGGGUAAUCAUCGAAGUUGGGGGCAGAUCGGAAGAUCUUGUGGUCCUCUAUUAUUCUGUAGCCUAUAUUGGUGGGCAGGCCGAGAUAUUGCAUACGCCAUCGGAGGGGCCGGCAUGUUAGGUGUUUGUGCAAUUGUUUUUGGAGCCUUGAAGGCUCCUCCGAAAUCCCUACCCCAGAAAUGA